GUCAUUCUCCACUGUUCAGACACGAAUAAAAGCCGUCGUCGCCGCAAAUUUUUUGCAAUGCUAGAAAAUAAUUAAAAAAUUCAAAGUACUAUUCCAAUUGUCAAAAGGUGGAGUGCGUGCAGUUAGAGAAGCAUAAUUUGGCCUCUAGGUCAAACGUACAGUAAGCAUUUGCGAACGACAACAAGGGACACAGAAAUUCUGCCGGUAGACGCAGACGCUUUCUUUCCUGCAAGAGCGAAAAAAUUAAAAAAUAAAAAAUUGUGCAGCGUGUUACAGUUAAUUGUGAGUGUGAGUUAAUCUGUUUUGAGCCAUGUCGAGCUUGGAAAUUUACGACUCGUCCAAUUCGCAACUGAGCAGUGAUGAAUAUAGCCACGACGAGGACGAUGAUGGAUUAAUGGAUAUGGCUGUGAGCAAACAACAAUCGCAACCCGCCAAGUCGGCCAACAAAUCGAACGACACUUCGCCGACCAAAACAGACAGCACCGCCUCCACCACGCCACGUAAACUGUCUGAGGACUUGGAUGCCAUUGCCGUCGCCAGUAAGCCGCCAGCUAGUCGAGAGCACACACAGCGUCAAAUCAAGCAAAUGCAGCGGGAUAAUAAGGCUAAUUUGUAUUUCAAGCGGCGCAGCAUAAAAUGGUUGAAUCAACGCUUGAAUAAUAAAACUGACUACAUGAGUCAGUUGAAGCGAGCGUUGCCCAAGCAUCAGGCGCAGGCCAAGCGCAUGGCCGAUUACCGAGCAGCCAAGCGAGCCAUUGAACGGGAGCAGCAAGAGCGCCAAUUGCACCAGAAGCAGCUACAACAGCAGCAGCGUAGAGAACGCACUCCUAGUCGCAGUCGCAGUCGCAGUCGUACAGGCAGCCUGUCGCCGGAGCUUAUAUGCCUGGAUGAUGAUGACUCUCCAGAGAAACCCAACGAUAUUCCAGCUGUAAACUUGCAUCAGCAGCAGCAGCAGCAGCAGAAAUCGACUGCAAGGACACCACCGCCGCCGUUUGCCUUACAGCUGGAAAUCAAAUCAGAGGCAGAGGCUACUCCUGCUGAAAACGGUUCCGUGCUGGAUGAGUUCCUGUCCAUGAAACCGAGCAUAGCAGCUGAGCCUGUCAUCGAAACAGCAGCAGGUUGUAAUAACAGCGAACAGCAGCCGCCGUUGCAAGAGUUGCAGGAGUUGGUUGUGCCAGCUGCAAAGGCCGAAGCUAGCUUGGACAUGGUUGUGGAAGAGGCCACAUUAAAACGUCGUCGCUCACCCACACCGCCGACGGCCGUAGAUCCACAUACUGAGAAGCGCACCAAAUCUUUGACAACUGUAGAUUUGGAUGAUGAAAUUAUAGAACUAACACCUUACGCAGAGCCUGCAAAGCAGCCAAUACCAACACCAACACCAACCCCGAUAGCAACACCACUAACACUACAACAAACAAUGCCGGCACCACCGACGACUCCGCAGCAUAAGCCAGUCAUUAGAUCCAAUGCUGACCCAUUGAAUGUAUUCAAAGUAGGCUCACCCUAUUCUCUGUCUCCGUCUAGUGGAAUGGAAUACUAUGUUCAGAAGAAGGUGCUCUGCCAGCAGCAUCUGGAGCAAACACAGCCAGAGAAUCUGGCUGCGGUGUCGCUUAGCCUGGAGACACCUUCGCCGUCCAUUGAACCCAUGGACAUAGCCUAUCCUAAUCAAAAGCAACUGGAUGUGCCGAAUAUACAAACAACGACAAACGUCACAGUAGGUCAAGCUGUAGUCGACUAUAACUCUUUUGGUACGCCCUACACAGCUCAGCAGCCGGCUCCGCAGGUACUGCAGCAGCCUCCACAGGCACAGCAGCUGCCUCCACAGUCGCAACAACAGCUGCUACAGCAGCCACAGCAGUUCCAGCAGCAACAGCAGGAGCAACAGGCUCCGCAGCAACAGCCGCAACAGCAACAGCAACAACCACCCACAUCGUCACCACGUACCAAGCAACGCGAUGGUGAAAGUAAGCAAACGCAAACUAAUCAGGCUACAGCCACUUCCAAUAAUUCGCCAGUCGAUCUGGACAAUAGCAAUAGCGAUGCGGUCUUCCAUCAGCGCAUCAAGGAUCUCUACACGGAGCUGGACGACAUUAUGUCGGAUAAGGUGCGCGCUGUUAAGCCAGAACUCAAGUCCUAUGGCGAGGAGAAAAUGCGCAUUGAAGCGGAUCUCAAGACUUUGGAUAAUUUGAUCGCUCAGAAGGAAGAGGAACACAAUCGUCUACUACAUUUGCGCACCGUCAAGGAGGAGUUGCUGGCGCGCAUCGAACGCAAGGAGCGCAUACUUAUAUUGAAGGAGAUUCUGCCUUCCAUACUAAACAAGAAUUGCAGCACCUCGGAGCUAUACGAAAUGCAUACGCUGCUGAUAAAUGAACAAAACUCGCCAAUGCCAUCGAGAUAUGGGCGCAACUCAAUGCAGCAGUUGAUUGACAGAGUCGAAAAUGGACUGGAUGAGAUAAAGAUAUUGCGCAGUGUCUUGGCUAUGCAGAGCAAGGCUCCUCGAGUGGCUGAGGUCCCCAUGCCGCCACCUCCACCUCAACAUUAUGAGACGCCGUCGCUGCACAGACGUGACUCAGUGCCAGCUAUGCGUUCGUCCUUGCUAGCCAAUCGCACAUCAACCUAUGCCCGAGGAACUAGCAUGCAGGAGAACGAACAGCUUCAGGAGCUAAGCAAGCGCAAUAAGCCCCCUUCUCGUUAUCAGCAGCUGAUCAAUGAGUCCAGACAGCUGACUGGUUCUACAGCCGAUCUCGCUGCCACCUCCACAUAUCGCCAAAACGAAUCCAUAGACACUCUGCCACGCAGCCAGCUGGAUAACAAUCAUAUUGAUGAGCUGCCCCUCAAUCCGUUGUACAAUAGCAGUCCACUGGCUGCUAGCCAGGGGCGCAAAAACAGCAAUACAAAUACACAAUUGAACGAUCUACAUUCCAUGCAUCGCGCGGGUGUGCUGCAGAGUCUCGAUUCGCUGGAUCGUGCCGUGAACCAAACCAAUCGCAAUACCAUUAACAAUCAUAGCAAUCGCUUAAGCUCGUCUACGAAUGGGCCGGACUUAGAAGCGGAGCGUCGUUGCCAAUUCUGUCUACGCUAUAAGGCCACCUACAUGUGCGCCGCCUGCCAGAAUCAAUGGUACUGCAGUCGUGAGUGCCAGGUGCGCGCCUGGGACACACACUGGGAGUCGUGCCCCAAUUAGGAUAUACUCGCUGUAUCAGCAUUACUACUACAAUUAAAUACAUACAUACAUAUACAUAUGUGUAUGUACAUAUAUAUAUAUGCAUAGUAAACACCUAAAUGCAAGCCCCCACUAUUUCAUACAUUUAUAUCAAACACUCAUUCGUAAUCGUAAAGUUUCGCUAUCGGAAUUUAUAAUUGCAAUGCAUUAAAAAAAAA